UGUGCUUUGUUAAAUAGAGUAAAAUGUGGUGAACUGGAAUAUUAUGACAAGGCUUAUGAUCGUGUCAACAUUAAGAAUGAAGUCCCACUUGCCUUGCAAAACAGGAUUUUCCAUAAAGUCACAACGACUGAUGAUCCUGUUAUCAGAAAUGCAGGUGUUAAUGAGAUCUGAAGGUCAAUCUGUGUUCUGGCUAUUUAUCAAGGAACAUCUUAACUCUAAUGAAAUAAAGACAUAUAAUUCUUUACAUAAUGUAAUGACAGAUGUUGGUAGAGCUCAAGCAUGGCUUAGGUCUAGUUUAAACGAGCAAUCACUGGAGAAAUAUCUUCAUAGCUUCAUUGGGCAUAAACAAUUGCUUUUUCAGUAUUAUGAGCAAGAUGCAUUAUUAUUGGAUGAUGAACGAUCUAGUAUGUUACCAAUGAUGGCUGCUGGCUUAAGUUCAAUUCUUUUUGCAAUUGACAUUGACAAAGCUGAGUUUAACUCUAUUACUGUACAGAUUCCAGGCAAUAUCAGCCAAGCAGUUUCUCGUCCAACAUCAAUAUGGGCUGUACCAUCACCAAUGUAUGCGACGUCAGGAGCUCCUGGAAAAGAAAAGAAAAAACGUAAAAAAAAGAAAGCAAACAUUGCUCAAAUUGAAAAUGUUGAAUUCAAAGAGACGGAAGAAGGAACUUCUACUGUCAGUUCUCAUGGUAGUUCUUCCACAACAACGACUGCUCACGAUAGUGCCACGAGUUUUACCCGAGCGGCAUACGACAUAUUACAACGUAAUACUGAUUCUCAGGUACAUGCUCGUGGUAACCAUUCUUUCACUAAAAGGCCUGACGAUUUUCUUGAAAUGCCAAAGAACUCUCAGUUGGCUUAUUGUUCGAAUUCUGAGAAUUCAACUUUUUCUUCCACAAUGGCGAAAACCAACGUUGAGAACAAGGAGAAUGAAACAGAUGAACAAGUGGCUCGAUUAACAAAGAAAAGCCAGGAAGUUCUGCAUCUUAAAAACGAGUUUAAAACUGCGAAUGAUUUGAAAAAAAAUCAUUCUUUGACAACAUCUUUGCAAUCAGGGCAUUACACUGACUCGUCGCUCUUGUCGGAGGAAGAGGUGUUUGAGCCUCUUGUUGAUAUGAACAGCGGUGUAUCUCUAAUUCCCGUAGUUUGCCCCGAUGACGAUAAAGGAGUUAGGAGUCUAGCUAUGUCAGAUGAAAAUGAGCGAUUUACUGUUUCACCUGAGACGUCACUACAUUUAGUUCAUUCAAUAAAUGAUUCUCCCGUUUCAAGUAUUUACACUGAUGAAGACGUCGAGAAUGAUGCAAGUUUAGCAAUUGGGGCAACUGUUGCAGCGAUAUGUGCCACACGUGAUGGUAGCAUAGAAAUUAAUGAUUACUCAGGAUCGUCAUUGGUCAGAACCAUGGCCAUCAGAGGAAUAUCCAUCAGGCAAAGAAAUGACUUCAGAGGAAUUAAAACAGGCGAUUGUAUCGAUGAUGUUAAGAAAAGAUGAAGUUGAAGAACGUAACAGGUUGUAUUAUCGUCCUUCGUUUAAUAUUAACAUUCCAUUCGAAUAUACACUAUUUUGCCCUGAUUUUUCCUUCGAUCAUCUUUCCUGUAGAUCGUUACAACAACAUUUGGAAAA